CGGGGGCGUGGCCACGGGCCGAAGCGAGCUGGGGGCGGGGCCGCCUGGGGAAUGAAGCUGGGGCGCUCGCCUCUCCUGCCUCACUUGCAGCUGCCGGGCGUCGGGGAGGGCGUCCUCUGCUUCCGCGCCGGCGUGCAGACCUCUGACCCUGGGGUCGCUUGGCCGCCGGGAACCGUCCCCUCGUGUCAUUGCCCGGGCCGCCCGCUGUUCCCCGGCCCCGAGGGGCCCGGCUGGCCGCGGCGCGGGGAGAGGUCAGCAUGAGCAAGGGGGUCCGCCGGGCAGGCGCCGGGCAUGGGGCGGCGGCCGCGGUGCAGCUGCUGGUCACCCUGAGCUUCCUCCCGAGCGUCGUCGAGACCCAGGUCACUGGAGUUCUGGAUGAUUGUUUGUGUGAUAUUGACAGCAUCGAUAACUUCAAUACCUACAAAAUCUUCCCCAAAAUAAAAAAAUUGCAAGAGCGAGACUAUUUUCGUUAUUACAAGGUUAAUCUGAAGCGACCUUGUCCUUUCUGGGCAGAAGAUGGCCACUGUUCAAUAAAAGACUGUCAUGUGGAGCCCUGUCCAGAGAGUAAAAUUCCAGUUGGAAUAAAAGCUGGGCAUUCUAAUAAGUACUUGAAAAUGGCAAACAAUACCAAAGAAUUAGAAGACUGUGAGCAAGCUAAUAAACUGGGAGCAAUUAACAGCACACUAAGUAAUCAAAGCAAAGAAGCUUUCAUUGACUGGGCAAGAUACGAUGAUUCACGGGAUCACUUUUGUGAACUUGAUGAUGAGAGAUCUCCAGCUGCUCAGUAUGUAGACCUAUUGCUGAAUCCAGAGCGUUACACUGGCUAUAAAGGGACCUCUGCAUGGAGAGUGUGGAACAGCAUCUAUGAAGAGAACUGUUUCAAGCCUCGAUCUGUUUAUCGUCCUUUAAAUCCUCUGGCACCUAGCCGAGGUGAAGAUGAUGGGGAGUCAUUCUACACAUGGCUAGAAGGUUUGUGUCUGGAGAAAAGAGUCUUCUAUAAGCUUAUAUCAGGACUUCAUGCUAGCAUCAAUUUACAUCUGUGUGCAAAUUAUCUUUUGGAAGAAACCUGGGGUAAGCCCAGUUGGGGACCUAAUAUUAAAGAAUUCAAACGCCGCUUUGACCCUGUGGAAACCAAGGGAGAAGGUCCAAGAAGGCUCAAGAAUCUUUACUUUUUAUACCUGAUUGAGCUUCGAGCUUUGUCAAAGGUGGCUCCAUAUUUCGAGCGCUCAAUUGUCGAUCUUUACACUGGAAAUGUAGAAGAAGAUGCUGACACAAAAGCUCUUCUGCUGAAUAUCUUUCAAGAUACAAAGUCCUUUCCCAUGCACUUUGAUGAGAAAUCCAUGUUUGCAGGUGACAAAAAAGGGGCCAAAUCAUUAAAGGAGGAAUUCCGAUUACAUUUCAAGAAUAUCUCCCGUAUAAUGGACUGUGUUGGAUGUGACAAAUGCAGAUUAUGGGGGAAAUUGCAGACUCAGGGUUUGGGAACUGCCCUGAAGAUACUAUUCUCUGAAAAAGAAAUCCAAAAGCUCCCAGAGAAUAGUCCAUCUAAAGGCUUCCAACUCACCCGACAGGAAAUAGUUGCUCUUUUAAAUGCUUUUGGAAGGCUUUCUACAAGUAUAACAGAGUUACAGAAUUUUAAAGUCUUAUUACAAAACAGUAGGUAAUAAAGGCUUUUAUGUGUCUAACUAGAGACAUAAAAUGACUGUGUAAAUAAAGCCUUUUAAUUUUGGACAUUCAACAGAAAGACUAAUCUGACUUCAAGAAUUUUAAACUCUUAAAGAGAAAAUUUAAAUGCUCACUUGAAUAUUUAUGAUUGUUAAUAGAUUAUCAACUAGAGAUAUUUAUAAAUGAAGUAUAUACUUUGAAAACAUGUAAGUUAUACUAAUUUUGUGUUUAAUUUCAUGUGUUGUAAAAUUCUAUUUUGUUUAGAAUUGGUUUUGUUUCUAUUCUAUUAUCCUUUAUUUCUAGUUGUCAAACUUUAAAUGGCUAUGUCUGCAUUCUAAUAACACUGUUCAUUCUGUUACAGAAAAAGAAUUAGGGAACAAAUGUUGCUUAGGGCUGGUAUCAGUGAUAAAAAUUUAUCGAUGCUUUUUAAUGUGUUUUUAGCUUUGCCUCACUCUGUGUGUAUCACUUUCUAUAAUAUAAAGAAAUAUUAUAAUAUUUCUA